AUGAAGCAGAUCGGCUGUCUCGAGCGAUUCAAUCAGAUGAUGUGUGAGCUCCAUGAUGGCAUGACGGAGUGCGUCACGGUCAAUGGGGUCGUACCAGAGGCACUAGCAGUGACCAACGCGCUUACCCUCUUCAGCCUCAUGUUCUCUGCCAUGCUGAUGGACGCCUACCGUGACGAACGCCCCGGGAUCCGCGUGGCCUAUAGGAUGGACGGCCACAUCCUCAACUACAGGCGGAUGCACUUCCAAUCGCGUGUAUCCCCAACCACCGUCCACGAACUGCUCUUCGCCGCCUGCGAGACGGCGGUUAUGCAUUGGCCGCCACCGACGCUGCCUACACUGCAAUUCACAUCAACGUGA